AAACAAGAUCACACAUGACUAUAUUUAGACUUACACAUUGAGAGAAUUUGAUGAGUCAAAGUAGUUAAAUGAAUAGAUCCAAAAAUCAAAAUUGGAUAAAAAUUGGAGGACGGAAGGAGUAUUUUCUAUUUCUAUAUUAAUUUGUAAAUAAAAUUAUUUUUUUAAAAAUAGAUUUUACACCUUGUUCAAAACAAACAAAUACUCCUUAAUUUGGAAGCAAGAGAAUGGAUAUAAAAUUUGAAACAAAUUUGCAUUUCCAUCCCUACCGCUCAGAAUGCCCCAAUGAUUUACAGAGAUCCAUCAGCAGGCACCAGAAGUCUGCAGUUUUUUCUGGGCAUAAUCAAUAAGGCCGCAACAGUCUCCGAGCUCACCCAAGCUCACGCCCAGUUGAUCCGCAGCGGCCAUAGCAACAACCUCAUAGCCGUCACCAAGCUAACCCAGAGCUUCUCUGCUCCUCAUCAAGACAUAUCUAUCGCCAGGCGGAUUGUUAACGCCUUCAAUCGCCCCGAUCUGUUUCUUUACAAUGUUCUCAUCCGAGGGUUCUCCCAGAACGGGUUGCCCAUUGAAUCUCUAUCCAUCUUCCUCCGCUUACGCUGCAGCAAAACGAGACUGGAACCAGAUAAUUACUCGUACGCGUUCGUUAUUUCGGGCAUUUCAUCGUCCGGGGAUCAUAGAUUCGGGCUGUUGCUCCAUGGGCAAGCGGUUGUUUCUGGGUAUUGCUCGGAUUUGUUCGUUGGGUCUGCAUUGGUGGAUAUGUAUAUGAGUUUCGGAAGAACUGGGAAUGCACGCAAGGUGUUUGAUAGAAUUGCUUGUCCCGAUACUGUGCUUUGGAACACUAUGGUGGCUGGACUCUCCAAGAACUUUUGUUUCAACGAAGCAAUUCGGGUUUUCAGGGAUAUGGUUGGGAGUGGGAUCAAAUACGAUGCUGCCACGCUGGCUGUGGUUCUCACUUCUGUGGCUGAGUUGCAGGCGUUGCAGAUGGGGAAGACAGUUCAUUGUUUGGCUAUAAAGGUUGGGUGUUUUUUUCAUGAUUUUGUUCUUACAGGGCUUAUAUCAGCAUAUUCAAGAUGUAGGGAUGUUAAAACAGGGUGGUUAUUGUUUGAGCAAAUUAGAAAACCAGAUUUGAUUCCAUUUAAUGCAAUGAUUGCUGGGUUUGCAUUCAACAAUGAGACUGAAUCUUCAGUAAGGCUAUUCAAAGAUUUGCUUGCCUCAGGGGAGAAAGUUAAUUCUAGUACUAUUGUCGGUUUGAUUCCUGUGUCUUCCCCAUUUGGUCAUCUAGAUUUAUGUUUUUCAAUACAUGGUCUCUGUGUAAAAACUUAUAUAAUUAGGAAUCCCUCUGUUUCUACCGCACUUACAACGGCUUAUAGUCGCUUGAAUGAACUUGAAUUUGCCAGGAAGCUAUUCGAUGAGUCCUCGGAGAGAACUUUGGCAUCCUGGAAUGCAAUGAUAUCAGGAUAUGCACAAAAUGGUCAGACAGAAAUGGCAAUAUCUCUCUUUCUUCAAAUGCAAAAAUUAGAUAUCCAUCCCAACCCUAUCACGAUAACAAGUAUACUUUCAGCUUGUUCCCAGCUUGGAGCUCUAAGCAUUGGAAGAUGGAUCCAUGAAUUGAUAAAGAACGAAACUUUGGAGUCCAACAUUUAUGUCUUAACUGCUUUAGUUGACAUGUACGCAAAGUGUGGUAACAUUGAAACAGCUCGGCAAUUGUUCGAUACUAUGCUGGAGAGAAAUGCAGUGACUUGGAAUGCCAUGAUUUCGGGUUAUGGCCUACACGGAUUUGGCCGCGAGUCAUUGAUGCUCUUUGAUAGAAUGCUUAGUUCUGGAGUUUACCCAACUGAAGUUACUUUUCUUUCACUGCUUUAUGCUUGUAGUCAUGCUGGUUUGGUAGAAGAAGGCGAAAAAAUUUUCCAUUCCAUGGUCCAUUAUCAUGGCAUUAAGCCCUCAUCUGAACACUACGCGUGCAUGGUUGACCUCUUAGGCCGAGCCGGGAAACUAGAAAAAGCCCUAAACUUUAUAGAAAGAAUGCCAGUGGAACCAGGUCCAGCCGAAUGGGGUGCUCUGUUAGCUGCUUGCAAAACACACAAGAACACCAAUCUUGCUAACUUUGUCUCUGGUAAGCUGUUUAACUUAGACGCCGUAAAUGUCGGUUACUAUGUGCUUCUAGCAAACAUACAUUCCACAGACCACAACUAUCCGCGGGCUGCUUCGGUGAGGCAAAUGGUUAAGAAGAGGAAUUUAGCGAAGACUCCUGGAUGCACUCUAAUUGAAGUCGACGGGUACCCGUACGUGUUUAAAUCCAGUGACCAGUCACACCCGCAAUCUGGUGCCAUUUAUUCGAAGCUGGAGGAGAUGAUGGAGAAGAUGAGGGAGGCUGGGUUUCAGGUGGAGACUAGCACAGCAUUGCAUGAUGUGGAAGAGGAGGAAAAGGAGCUGAUGGUGAAAGUUCACAGUGAGAAGCUAGCCAUUUCUUUUGGGCUUAUAGCUUCUGAGCCUGGGUCUGAGAUCAGGAUAGUCAAGAACUUAAGGGUCUGCAUUGAUUGCCAUAGCUUCACCAGAUAUAUUUCCAAGCUCACUGGGAGAGUUAUUGUUGUGAGGGAUGCCAAUAGGUUCCAUCAUUUUAAAGAUGGCAUAUGCUCUUGUGGAGAUUAUUGGUGAUAAUGUUCUUUGAUUUAUCCCUAUUAAAAUCAGAUCAGACCGGAUCAGAAACAAUUUUAGAUUCAAAUAUAAUAAUAUCAGAUAAGACGU